AUGGCAAAAGCAUAUGAUAGGGUAGAGUGGCACUUUUUGCAGGCUAUGAUGGAAAAGAUGGGUUUCUGUCCGGUAUGGAUCAAAUGGAUCAAUAGCUGUUUGAAGACUGUAACUUACUCCUUCAAUUGCAAUGGAGAAGCCAAAGGUUUUGUGACUCCAGGGAGAGGCAUACGACAGGGAGACCCCCUGUCCCCUUAUUUAUUCUUGAUCUGUUCUGAAGGACUAUCAAGUUUGCUGAGGAAGGCUGAAGAGAGUAAUAGAAUUCAGGGACUGAAAAUCAGCAGGCAAGGACCUGAACUUACCCAUCUUUUCUUUGCUGAUGACUCCCUCAUCUUUUGCAAAGCUGAUAAGCAGCAAGCUACUGAGAUCAUGAAUAUUCUUAAAAUCUAUGAAGCUGCCUCAGGUCAAAUGAUCAAUCUAGACAAAUCUGCUGUAUUUUUCAGCAGAAACAUGAUCAGUGAUCAAAGGGAGGAGGUAUGCCAAGCAUUAGGAGGGAUGAAUGAGGCAAAGCAAGGAAAAUAUUUAGGCCUCCCGAUGGUGAUUUCAAGAACCAAAGACCAGAUAUUUGGCUUUGUUCGAGAAAACAUCAAAAGAAGACUUCAAAACUGGAAAAGCAAGUUCCUCAGCUCAGCAGGGAAAGAGGUAAUGCUAAAGUCAGUAGCUAUGGCCAUGCCAACGUAUGUCAUGUCAUGUUUCAAGCUAUCAAGGAAACUUUGCAAAGAUAUCAGUGCUCUGAUGGCCAACUUCUGGUGGGGAGAAACAAGUGGUAGGAAUAAAAUGCACUGGACUUCUUGGGAAAGAAUGGCACGAAAGAGGAAUGAGGGAGGACUUGGUUUCAAGGACCUUGAGGCUUUCAAUAAAGCAAUGUUAGGGAAGCAGAUAUGGAGAAUCCUCACCAAGCCAAACCUUCUUGUGAGCAAGGUGCUAAAAGCUAAAUAUUUCCCUAAGGAAUCCAUACGUCAUUGCAAUCCCCCCAAAAGUGCCUCCUGGAUUUGGCAAGGCUUAAUGGGAGCAAGAAGUCUGCUGGAUAAGGGACUGAUUAGGCGAAUUGGCAAUGGAAGGAAUACACGAAUCUGGGAGCAUAAAUGGAUACCAAAGACAAUCUCAGGAAUGCCAAGUACAGUUAAACCAAACAAUUGUGAUUUGGAAAGAGUGGAUGAGCUCAUUUGCCACAACAGAUGGAACAAGAACACCAUAUUUAGAGUCUUCAACAGAAAUGAUGCUGAGAGGAUCCUAAGUAUCCCCCUAAGUCUGUCAGGGAGGGAAGACAGCUAUUACUGGCAACCACAGGCAGGUGGGGAGUACACAGUCAAUUCAGGUUACAAAAUCCAAAUGAAGAACAACAGGAAAGCUAGGAAGAGUGCUUCAGAGGUAGCUGGUUCGAGUUAUAUAGAGGGGAGCCAGCAAGUGUCACAGAUGUGGAACACACUCUGGCAGCUCAACAUCAAGCACAAAAUCAAGCUCUUCAUUUGGAAAUGUAUACAAGGAGCUUUACCAGUGAGAGAAGCCGUGAGUAGAAGAACAAGAAUAGGAGAUCCAAUAUGCAGAACCUGUGGAGAGGCGCAGGAAACAAGUGAACAUCUAUUGCUAACAUGCCCCCACACGGCGGACAUUUGGAAGGCAUCACCUAUUCACUGGGAGGGGGCUCAGGAACAGAAUAAGAAGGAGUUUGAGAGCUCAACUAGAUCAUCACCACUGAGAACAGUAGAAAAAGCACAUAGAGAGUGGCUGGAGCAAGUGGAAGUAGAGAAAUCAAAAGAUAGAACGAGUACAGAAGAAACAGCCCACAUGCAUGAUCAACAAAACCAAGGCAAUGAAGCUCAGGGAGCUAUGAUCAUGGACCUGUCAACAGCUACAAGGAAAGGUCAAAACAAUCUAGGCAUUGGAGUCACAGUUAGAACAACUGCAGGCACCAAGAUUGUAGAAUGGAAGCUGAAAGAAAGAAGCCUGGGGAACCAAAGCCUAGAUGAUGCACUAGCUUUAAAGCUAGUCUUGUGUAAAGCUGCGCAAUAUCAGUGGAGCAGAAUCAGGCUCAAUUUUGCCAACAAGGAGCUGCUGAAACAACUAACAAAAACACAGCCUUUGGGGAGCAGAAUGGCUACAUUGCUGGAGGAUAUUGUGAAUGUGAAAAGACUGUUUUGCAUGUGCUCCUUUUGCUUGAGUAGGGAAGAAAAUAUGAUAGAUAGUAGAAAAUUAAGUGUUGAUGCUUUAGGCAUUAUUGUGGAUGAGGAAAGGAAUGUUCCUCAGUGUCUUUGA